ACCCCCCCGCAACCCCCCAAUCGCCCAUCAUGACCGUCACCGAAACAAUCAAAGCUGCCGUCGGCCUAGGUGAUGGCCUCUCCAAAAGUACGCCAUCCAAUUACCCUCUCCGGCUUCUCCACUAACCAAUUGCAUAGCCGCAACACGAGAAGCCAUGAGCGAAGCCAAACUCCCUCUCGCAUACCGUGACAGCUGCGCCGGUCUCCUGAUCCCACUCAAUCGAUGUCGAUACGAAGAGUACUAUCUGCCAUGGAAGUGCGAGGUGCGUAUGGAGCAGCAUACUCCCGGGGAAAGCGGAUGUGGAAAUCUACGAAUUGGCUAACGUUUGGGGUAUAGAAUGAGAGACACAGCUAUGAGAAGUGCCAGUACGAAGAGUUCAAGAAGCGCGUUAAGAAGAUGGAUGAGUUGAGAGCGGCGAAGGGUGGGGAGAGAAGCAAUUGAGAUGGGAUUGUAUUUGUACAUAUGGAUGGAAUGCGACUGUU